AGGAGGCUCACAGUACGUGAAUUCCGAGGGCUGAUGAAAUGGCUCUGGCCCUCUGGAUCUCUCCAUGCCAUGAACGAAUAAACGGGCAUGGGGGCAGGGCGGCGAAAUCAAACUCCAGUGUUCUCCGACAGACCAGUUCCUUCCUGAGCGCUACACAGACCUGUCAUCCACAGAUUUCCUCAUCGCUACACACUCCUGAUGUCUGUACCUGGAUGUCGCUGGACGCUUGUUGCUCUCUGCCCAUCCCCCAAGCCCCACAUCGAGACCUGUAUGAGAAGGAGGCUCAGUAAGAGUUUAAGGCAGAACAGCCACUUUCCACCAACAUCGUAUUCUUUGCGAAGUGUUUUCCCCUCUGUCACUCCAACUAUUUCUCGUCAAAUCCAUACAAGGGAGGUAUUUCACCCCAGAUGGUGGAUGAAGAAACUGCCCCUGUUGGCUUAGGAGAUCUUAAGGAUUCUUUUCCGUGUGGCAGGGGUCGAGGAGGGGGCACCGCCUGCUUGCCGCCUUCCCCCAGCAGAACUAGCAGAGAGAGUCUUGUCUAACUCUGGGCAUGUGUCUAUCAGGAAGACCCUGGUCUCUGCUCCCAGGAGGGCAGAUGGCGAAGGUGACCCACACUGGUGCGCCCAUUUUGGUCUCUCUGGCCAACAAGGCCAUUUCCUUCGACUGCAGAAUCACCUACACAGACAGGGCCAGAUUCAAGAACUUCACAGCCUCGUACUUUUAUAUGGACCUCCAGAACCGGAAGAGCACCAGCGAGCGGAUUAAGUGCCUACCCGACCUGGGCAAAGAGAACGAGGAGCACGCUCUGAAAUGUGGGGUCACCCCCAAGCUGCCCAGUGCAUCGGCCACGGGUACCUACUAUUGCUCCGUGGAGUGGCCCGAUUUCCAUAAAAUCAGCGAAGGCAUCUUCAUCCUGGUCAGAGACAUAGGGUACCAAGGGCCCCCGCAGGGCUCCCAGCAGCUCCUGCUCUUUUGCUUCACUGGCAUCCUGAGUGUGCUGAGCAUCUUGGUCACAGCCCUGCUGCUCUGGAAGAAGAAAAGGAUGCAGGCUCCUCAGAAGCACUCGGACCCGAGCGCCCACAGCCAGCAGCAGCCUCCGGACGAAUCCGUCUACACAGCCCUACAGCGCAGAGACACUGAAAUCUACUCUUGCAUCCAGAAUGAGGCCAGCAGCCUGCCGACCACCCAGAGCCUCCACUCCCAGAAGAAACUGCACGGAUUUACGGAUGACAGCGAAUUUAAUAACAUGGUCUAUGAAAACUUCUAGGACGAGCUCCACUGGCGCAUAGAUCUGGCCCUGGAUCCAAGGCCCCACGGCAGCCCCUCCCUCCACAGGACUGGCCCCGCACCAGGAGCGAGGCCCCUGGGGUGCCCCAUCACCUUGCCCCCACAUUCAAGGUGUUCCCAGCCUUGGGUGUGCCCCUUACCCCCCAUUCUGUGCCCUAGCCAUACCCACUGAGCGUCUUGCAUCUGGCUUUUGCCCGGGCUCUUCCCUCAGCCUGCCAGCCCAUCCUCCAGACUCCAUGGGCUCUCUGGGCACCAGCCUGUACCGCAGACUGUAAGGCCAGCCACGAGCUCCUCAGGAGGUUCCCGGCAAGGGGCCCUUGUCAGUGCUGUGAGCACGAGCAUCAGCAGGAACACAGAAAGGAACAGUUGCAAAAAUGCCCCCUGCCCGGCUGGGUCGAAGGCACAGGGCAGCCAUGCAAAGUAGAGCAGGGGGCUAGGAGGGGCAGGUAGGGGUUGUGGGCAAGAGGGGAGCUGUGCAGAGGCUGGGCUGGGCUUGGGGAUGAAGCUAGGGGCCAGGAGGUGGCUGAGUGGAGGUCGUCAGGCUGGGGGCCUGAAGCCGGGAGGGCGAGGAAGGAGAUCUGGCAUGUUUGGGGCAGGGAAUGGGGAGACGCUGGCCGAAUGAGCUGAACCUCCUGAGGCUCUCCAUCCUCCAACAAGGACCCCAAGGUUGUUUCCCAUCAGCCUGGCCAUCUGUACUCACUGCUUUGUCACCUCUGCCACCAUCCUCCAAGGCCUCGGCUGCUCCUCCUUCUCCCGCUGAGGCCCAGUCCCCCAGAGCCCCAGUCUGGCCUACCUGGACCCCACCCUCCUCCUCUCUUGGUCGGCCUUGUGCCCCCAGCCCAGGGCUUUGAGGACCCCUCCUCCCUCACACAGUCUAGCUGCAGGGCUUGGUGCCUAGGGCGCCUCUGACAGGUGGAAGGCUCCUUGGUGUUGCUGGAGCUCAGGCCCUAGGCAGACGGCGGCCCCUCGAUGCUUGAACAGAGCCAUUUCUGCGGCUUCAAGUGCUCAUUUCUCCCUCUCAGCAGCCCUGCUGGAACCCAUUUCACAUGCAGACGGGCUGAGGGUGGGGAAUCACCCAGGCUGUGGGGCUCUGCUCCUUCCCUCCCCUGCUCUCCCCCAUCCCUGCUGCUUUCUACUAUCUCAUUUCUAAAAUCCUCCCUCCCACCCCCAGGCUGCCCCAGAGGUCCUUGAGGGGCCCUUGCGCACAAAACACGUCCAGGGACAAUGAGGGGCCCCGACUCUGGUCCUGAGCAGUACCGGGCCACCAGUUUGUGGGCAUCCAGAUAAAACAUUUAUGGGAUCAGGGCGCCGGGGUGGCGCAGUCGGUUAAGUGGUUAAGCGUCUGACUCUUGGUUUCGGCUCCGGUCGUGAUCUAGGGGUCAUGAUCUCUGGGUUUUGAUCUCAGGGUCAUGGGAUCAAGCCCCCCAUUGGGCU